AUGGACGGCCGAGCGUUCUUGCAUGUGGAACACCAUGACCUAAAUCACGUCGGAGUUAAUUCAGAACGGAUUAUGCUGACAAUUCUCUAUUUGUUUAUUGUGUCUUUUGCCUCAUCAUUUGGUCAGGGUCGAAUAUGCGCGAAAAUACCGGCCUAUGCACAUCCGAACGCUUAUCCGGUGAACAACUUUGAUUUAUUCGAAUAUUACGGAGUGAGAUUUUUCAAAAAUUAUAUCCACCCAGGAACUGGAAGACAUUGCACCGAAUUUGAAUUAGACAAAAAAGUUCAAAUAUUGCGUUUUGUGGCAUACAAUGCUCAAACUGGUAGCAUCUAUCAUGACUGUAAGCCACAGGAUCCGGCUUCAUCCGGAUGUUGCCCGAAUGUCCGGUCUCAAGACAGGCCUCAGUUUGAAGAUACUUGUCAGACAGUACUGUAUUUUAUGCUGAGCAAAUAUGGGACUAUUCGAAUGAUAUGGGAACACAUCACAGGUGCACCCAAUUGGAACGAUACGGUGAUUGAUGUAUAUGUGCAAUUUCACAAUCGACAGGCACGUUUUGUUCACAUGGAUAAAAAUUUGUUUGGAUUAGACAGUUGUUAUCAUAUUGCCCGACACGGACACACUUCAAGUCCAAAAGGCUUCUCUGAGGCAUUUGAUACGGCCGAACAAAAACGAUUGGAAUUUCAAAUGUUGGAAAAAUUUAGUCCAAUCUAUCCCGCUUAUCAAGCACGACUGAAUUUGUUGAUGUGGACUAGUACAUUGCCCCUGAACGUAGUUGCAUAUGUUUUCACUGGCAAUUUAUACACCUCCCCGCAUGUGGAGCGACAAAGGGUGACACACUUUUCCACGUCAACCGCACCAAGUAGUGCGUUUCAUGAGAUUAUCCAAUUUUAUCCGAAUUAUCGCAGCUAUAUCAAAACAGCUACCAUUGAAGUUCAGGUGAAUCGAGAUGCGAAAGCGUUGCUCAUCCUAUGUGGACCUCAAAUUGACGCUGAUCUGGACCAUAUUAACCAAAUAGUAAACAAAUGGAUUUCGGGGGACUAUUCUGUCCCAUCAUUUGAUUGGCCUCCCGGAAAAAAUUGGGCUGUUCGUCUGAUUCGUCUGGAGAUCACCGAGAGUGUGGUUGUUCGGGAGGGUGAAACGGUUCGAUUUGGACGCAUCAAGAUUCCGCCGAUACUAAUCAAAUGUUUCGUGCGACAGAACAUGCACGAGUCCUAUAGGGAAACUAAUAGAAUCGUGGUGGAAUCGUUUAAAAGCGCUUACGAAAUAAAAUCAGUCACUGUACCGGAUAGUGGUAUGUAUAAAUGUGUCACAUCACAAGGCUCGAUAGAAUUUCAAAACGUUUACUUGGUGGUACUUCCGAGAGAAUCCGAUAUACAAAUAUAUCUGACAAACAAGCCACUUUUGUUAGGUGAGGAUUUGAAAAAUUACUAUCCGUUCAUUCCACUUAAAACGUUGUAUUUAUUCCCGGGCGAACCACUGAUUGUCAAUUGUGUCUACAAUUUGACCAGAGCAAUUGACAAUUUCAGAGGUUUAGAAUUUGAAGAUAACUUGGCCACGACAAAGCGUGUUAUACCGUUACGUUUUCUCGGUCGACAUGUACGUUUACUCCAGGAAACUUUUCUUUUCGUUCAGUCCUAUGAAAUUGAUCAUAAUUUGCAUUAUACAGAUGGAGAAUUUCAUUGGUAUAGGUGCGGACAUGUGUACGAACAAAAUUUUGAUUUGGUGAAAGACAGUGAACUUCUCAGGAAUUAUAACACCAUAAGACCUUUGAAAAGAAUCACUUAUCAUACACUUGAACUACAAGUGCACAUAUUGCAUCCUCCCAAAUUACUGCGCAAUCUGAGUCGGUCUAAUAUGAUCGAAAUACGGAAAGGGUUGUCUGAGGGAACCGCCAACGAAGAACACAUCCACUAUGUAACAAAUCAAACAUUACAAAUCCCAUUCCGUCCCGGGACCGCAGAAUGUGAUAUUCCGGCGGUAUAUGACAUAAAAAAUUGUCAUCCAUCUGUGUGGAUAGUGGAAACCACAUGGAAACGAGUGAAUUUCACAUUUUGUCCAGUCAAAAUCCGUAAUCCUUCUAAAGAACUGAUCAAAACUAUUAACCGACAAAUGACUUAUACAUUCACUCCUUUCUGGUCAGUGCAUCGGAUACAAUUUGUUUGCAAUUUACAUAUGUAUCACAAAGUUCUGGUGAUAAUGAUUACUUGUCGGAACGGUUUGUCGCACAAUCUGACUGAUGUGGAUGAUGCAAUUCGAAACAAAUUGUUCAUACAAAUCGGCUCGAGGUUAACCCGGAAACCAACUGUGGACAAUUUACAAUCAGACAGUCAAUCAAACGGUUUGUCUGAUGUAAUAUUGCUCCCGUUGAGACCAACCUGGUCGUCCGUGGUGAAAGAGGGCCAGUCUGUUCAAAUUCCCUCACUCUGUUCAUGCAGACCGAAUGAAAAUGUAACUUGGGCAUAUCGUUUAACCCUAUCCCGAUCGUUCGUGCCUAUAUCUAACAGGUUUCAGAUCAAAGAAAGAAAUCGGAUGAAAUUGUUGGAACUACGAAAAGUGACAAUUGCGGAUGGAGGAUGCUAUACGUGUUUUUGCAAUAAAGAAGAUCAAAUCAGAUAUUGGGAUGAUCGAACCAUACACGAACACACACUGUGUCUGACUGUACUAGGCAGUGUGGGAGAACACUAUCUUUUGUAUCAUGAAACAAAACUCUAUCCACCGAGCCAAACCAUGCGAGUAGGUGAACCGUACAGACUGGUCUGUACUGUGAAUGCACCGGAACACAUCAUUGGACAACUGCGCAUAGAUAUUCACUACCGAAUCGGGGAAGAUGUGACAAAAUAUAGGAUAAAAACGGAAAAACUAUCGCACAACUCACUAGGACAUUGGAUAACGUAUGUACAAGAAUAUCGGAUUGCCAGAAACGUGACGGAUAUGCAUAAAACUCAUUCAUUGGAAUGGAUCUACUUCGUAGAAGGUCAAACGGAUUUGCACAGUGAAAGUUUUAGUUUACAAAAGCGUAUAACUGUGGAAAUAGAUCAAAAUGUUGAACCACAAAUUUUGGAUGAACAUUUAUACUGCACCGUACCUUACAUAUUCUCCAAUUAUGCCGGAGACAGCUGGCCCAUGAGUGCCCGAGAAUUUCAUAGAACUGGAACACCAGAAAGACGUUUGGAACGAGCAGUAAAAAUAUAUGUUCCAGUGAAAUUCUACAAUGCAGACCCACAUGUGUGGAUGUGGUUACUAAAAACGGACCUGCGCUACGAUAGUUGUAUACUGUUGGAAAAGAACGAAAUAAGGGGAUUAACGGAUAAUGGACGCGUGCAAAAUUUCACAUUCACUUGCCGAAUUCGUGCCGAAUGUACCGCUCUGAUAAUUAUCGGACUCAACAAAAAGGGUGCAACAGAGCCAGUGAAAAAAAAUCUAAACUUGUAUUUCAUUUUGCAGAUUAAAGCGUUCUAUGAAAUGCCAUUGGCAACGGUAAAAAAGAAAUUCACUUUUCCGCAUGGAACAUGGGCCACAAUGCGCGUGCAACGUCUUAAUCUCGGCUGGGCUGCUGCGGUCUAUGAAGGUGAUCAAAUCAUAUUUUUAGGAAGUCAUCACAAAGCUGGUUACGUUCAAUUUGAUGUGUUCUAUCGAUUUAAUCAGACGAGUAAAUUCCGACCAAUGUAUUUGAACGAGACAAUCGGGAUAGAUUUGUUUAAACGACCAGCCCGUUCCAAAUUAAAUGAUACGGGUUAUUGGAUGGCACGGAUGACCCGGCAAAGAUCGGACGUGUUCGAACGCUUUGUGAAAGUAAUUCCGAAAAAACCAAAGAUAGCAUUUUAUGCAUCUUUAAAUGAGUUAAAACAGUACAAUGAAGCAGAAGAUCUGAUUAAAACAAAUCACAUUGGUACAGUGCACGAGAAUCGUUUGUAUUUUUUCUACUGUGUGGUAAAAGACGACCCGAACAUACUUUUACCUCCCAUUAGUGUCAAUCUCUCGCUGACCGAUGCAGACGGAACAGUAGUACCAAUUGACUAUAUCGGUCAAGAUAAACAACCAACUGAGUCACGAUUCGCAUUCAGAGCAAUGAUACCGCCUUACGGUGUACUACUUAUUCCGCUCAGGAUGCACAUUCAAGUUGUCUAUCCACGAUCCAUAUUACCGACAUUGACAGCCAAGGAAUUCGAGUUCCGGCGAACACAAAACGAUUCUAUCGAAUUUGAAAUCAAACCUGAUAGUUCAGCCCCGCUCUUAUUUCCGGAAAUCACAGAGUGUAAUAAUGAUACUGUAUUGAGAAAUAUGAAAGGUCAUGCGUAUGGGACUUUCAAUCCGAGCCAAUUUUCAAUAUCCGGUGCCCUUCAUCGAUUUCGUGAACAAUUACUCAGUUGUUCGAUCUUUCACACAUGUCCCCGGGAUCAGGAACUGCUAACAGUUCAUUUUGUACUCAGACGGGAGAAACGUGCUGUGCUUUGUGAUGUGCACUCAUUUAGAGAACAAAAGGGGAACAAAUUUGUUCAACGUUAUCAUCGAUCGUUAAAACUGAAAAAAAUUUGCAUUCAUAAAUUUGACUGUCCGAUCAAUGCGGAUACCGGUGCAUUGGUUGUGCUUUUGACCCAUUGUGACAACAAUUGUAGCAUUGUACAAAAAUCUGAACAGGUUUUGGAUUUCUACGUGCAAAAUGUGUUCGAUUACUAUCAGAAUUCAUCCAAUAGAAUCGAGACAACUCUGGACCAACAGAAUCAUACAAUUCGUGUGGCUUCAUUUAUUCAACGCAUUUCGACCGAAUAUCACGGCUCAAUGGAGAUCAAUGAACGAUGGAAUGUGUGGUUCAGGCCGACGAAAGGUUGUACGAUACGGAAUUACAAGUGUUAUCAUACUGUGUGGAAUCGAGAAAACGAGACAACGGAAUUAAAAAUGAACAAGAAAAGGGACUAUUAUCAGUCUCAGAAAAGGGUCAGCUCCCGAGAUACUGGCCACGUUUGGUGCGUCUGUGACCGGACAGUGUUCAUGCCAAAGCAAUGGUAUUUUAUUAUACCAGCGGAAGAGGAAUUCCGAAUCGAGAUUUCCCUGAUCAAGUUCAACGCCAGUGAAAAUCCCGUGAGAGAUGAUGGACGCCGAUCCGGACAAAGUUACCGACACUUUAUUUUCCAGUUACCCCUGUAUGUGUACUGCUUCCAACCGAUUCAUACAUAUUACGGUCCGGACAAUCAGACCAAUAACUUUCUACUGAGGUGGGACGAUUCUGUGGUAGAUUUUAUCCCUUUGAAAGCUCUUCCAAUAAUACAAAACCGAACACAUUUGCGUUACACAUUUCAACUCGAUCCGUUGGAAUACUAUCGUCCAGACAGAGUUCUAAGAUUCCUUUGGGUCAUUAAAUACAAUGAUAAACUUUUGGCUCCGAAUGACAAUCGAGGAAACAUGCCGAUUAUGCACGUUGAACAAACGAUCGAACCAAUACAUCACAGAAGCACUACACGGUUGUAUGAUAAUUCGCUUAGAUGCAAUCGAUUGGAAUUACUGAAUCAUUGGAAUGGAUUUGGUAGAGGUAUAUUCAAUACCGAGUUGUUACAGGUAAAUCGUUUGGAAAAGAAACCGUUGGAAGGUGAACUGCAUUGUAAUUUUAAGUACAGUGAGGAUAAUAGAAAUCACAAAAUAUUAGUCUUUAUUACGGAUGCCCAAAACGAUUUGCAUCGAUCGUGUGUCGUGAAAGUGCAUUUGGACACGGAACUUAAAGUGUGGGCAGACAUAGCAAAACACACCUGUACCUUCUCGUGUUCUGUAUUCGUAACAGAUAGUCUACUAACAGUUGCAAUAUUUCUGAACACGGAUUCGGCAAAAUAUAAAAAUACAGAGAAAGAGUUCUAUGCAUUUGUAAUGCGGGAGUUGAGAUAUCUAUUAACCAACCCCGAUAACCAAACACAAAAUCCAUUCAUACUACCGUAUGGGAUAUAUGUGGAAUCCAGAUUUGUGCGUCUCAAUGUCGGUUGGAAAAGUGUCUACGAGACUGGUCAGAAGUGGAAACUGCCUGUCUUUCAUCGUCGGGAUAAUUGUAAGCAGGCAAUUAUAGAAAAAAUGGAAUCGGGAGAAUGGGUUCAAAAACAAGUGAUCAAUAGAAAAUCUAAGGGUGCGGAGAUCGUUUCCAGUGAUAAAGAACUUCAAUGGACGGACACCGGUUUCUAUAGGAUCACAUGCAACAAGAAUCUGAUUGCUGGUGCACGUUUAUUGAUCGUUCUCCCACAUAACUCCAUGAUUGAGACAUACACCAUACAAAACGAGCAGACAAAAGAAUACGGUGAAUUAUUUUGGCUUGAUGUGAAUAAUAUUUUCUACGUAAACGUUCGACCUCAUCCGAUGUUUGAAAAAGACGGAAAACUUGAACUAGUAUUGAAAGAUUUUGCUCCUACCGGUCAACACAGUCAGUUGGUCCCAUUCGAACCGUUGGAAGUGAUUUAUCACAAUCGAUUAGUUUAUUCGUUUCGAGUUCGUAUUCCCAAAGCCAAUACCUAUAGGCGACCGCUUUUAGCCAUCAUAAAACAAACAUUUCAAACAAUUGUACGCACCGAAUAUGAUACAAAUCCCGGUAAUAUAAGCUGGGUGAUAGAAAAACAAAUUUCCAUAAACAUACGCGACGAUAUUCGAUUGCCACUCAUAUUUGACGAAUAUACAUAUUGCGAACGCGCUCAACUGUUUGAAAAUAAUCAGCAUCAUGGAAAUGGUCGAUUUGAUCCAGUCUUAUUUUAUCGUGCACUUGAAAAUCGGACGUUGAUUCAGGAAAAAGUGGAACCCUGUGCAAUGACCUAUAGUUGUAGACAUUCCGAUUGUACUGCUCUACUGUUUGUGAUCUCUACGGGGUCCGAAAUCCCGCAACAGUGUCAUGCGCUCGCAGACACAGACGAACUGCAUUUUGGUAACCCGUGUAAAUGGACUCCGGAUAGAACGAAUACGACGAGAAGAAAACAAUUUCGAUGUCGUCUACAACCGCACGCAAUUGCAAUGCUUUUCGUUCUGAUAGAUUACUCCAACGGGACUGCGGGCAAUUCGGACCGGAUGCUAAAUCGCACGGUAAACUGGUUCGAACGAAAAAUUCACAAACACUUGACAAACGGGACAGAUGAAACGGUCGAACAGAUCCCGAUUCUCGCGGGGAUUGCACUUUGCACUCGCCUAUAUCGAAUUCGUAUCGGUUGGAGUGCAUCGGUUCGGCUAAAAAACUACUGGCGAAUGGUGGUUCGUAGAUCGGAUGAGCCAAGGAGCUUAACAUGUUACUAUCGACGUACACCAGCAGAAGAUUAUCAGAAACUUUUCGAGUAUCAAUUUACCUACUCGGAACUGGCGUACACCAGGCCUGUGCCUGUGGAAAUCCAGCACACGGGCUAUUAUGAGUGGAGAUACAUGGAAAACGGUUCUCCGAAAACGUUAGGCGUGUCACGCUAUAUACUGGUCAUUCCGGAUGAGUCUAUGUUACAAAUGACAGUUAGCCGCGAACUGUUCGAUACUAAGACCGAUAUACAAUACGAUUCACCCAGGGUAAAAAAAUAUCAUCUUCCUGCAGAAGGAUCUGUUUACAUUUACUGUGCUCAAACCUAUGUGCCUAGUCUUCCAAGACCGUUCACAUUCAAUCUUGUUUUCAGUACAACAAGAAAUCCGAGAGUUCAGACCAGAGAGUUGGAGAAAUUUCAGACUUAUAUUAAACAGUACGAAGAGCGCCACGUAUACAAAUUUGACAGUUACUUGUAUCGAUUUGCUUCAUCCUCCCUGGUGGCCACUUGCAAUUUGGCUUACAACAGUUCCAUAUUCUCCGCAGAUGAUCUGAUUGAAUCGAAAACAAUGAAACCAUUUAAGAAGCAAAGAACACUGGAAUUACCAGACGAAUUUAUUUAUACCCCGGUGAUAUUUCACAAGGAGACCAAAACAAGUGGACCUGCAUUUCUGGACAAUUACAAUGAGAGUGUCAAACGAUUGAGCGCGGUCGAGUUCUUUAAAAUGGUCAAUUCGGAACGGAUUGCCGAACAGAUUGUACAAAUUAAUGUGACUCAUUACAAUGGUCGUGGUAGAGCAUUUGAGCGAAUAUGGUUUUUAGGGCAUAAAGAUCAAAUGAUAAGAUGCAGGCAACCGGACCGGAUCGAGUUGAAUUCCUCGUUUCGGAAAACAGAUGAGGAAUCGGAACCUUUGUUCCCCUAUGAGAAUAUGUACAUGUCCAUUUUCGAGUGCCUCAUCCAACCGUCUUUCAAGGCCAUGAUACUCGCAGUGGUCAAUAUUGAAAAAGAUCGAGGUAUACAAACACGAUUAUCCAACGAAAUGGAAAAAGAAUUUCGUAAAAUUGUUAGUUAUUUCUACGCAAAUCCAUCGUCUAAGGAGGUUAAGGAAUACCGAUUUAAAAAACAUAUAUGGGGCACGUAUAUACUGGUACCCAUAAAAGCGGGCUGGAAUGCAUCGGUGCCACUCGGCAGUUACUGGAGUAUGCUUGUUCGUGACAGAUCAGAUCCAUACAAGAAUUUACAAUGUAUGUAUUCACAAUAUGAAGAUCAAUAUUAUAAAUGGAUCAAAUUAGACAUGAAAUCAGACCAAAUACAGUAUACACAUACCAAGCCAGCCGAUUUUUAUGACAGCGGUUGGUACAAAUGUUGUUUCCGAGAAAAUUGUUUCUCUCUUCCCCGAAAUUUGUAUGUGAUUCCCACUCGGGCAAUUAUCAGAGGUUUAUUUUUAGAUUUACCGCCUGAAGUUUUUGACAUUGAUCAGUAUCCGCAAGAUAUUCAGAAUUUUGUAAUCUUCUAUGGUCAACCAAAGUAUGGUUACUUCAUCGUUCAGACCAAGCCUUAUGGCCCAAAAUAUGAUAGAUACACAUUGGAAAUCAGAGCUGUGGAUUGGGAAAGUGGUAGAUUAGUUGAGAUCAGUUACUAUCCACUUGGUAUCAUAGUGUUCACAUAUCUUGACGUUUUUGUAUACAAACUGACUGGUCCGGAAUACGGCGUCUAUCGUGAACCAAUCAAAGGACAAUUCAAAAUGUUUUUUUCGGACGCUAAACUUAAACAGGAAGAUCUAAGGGAGGACAGGUAUAUACAACCAGUGAUUUUCGAAUUUAAUUAUCACGUUUAUAAAACUAUUCGGCCAGUAAUAUUUUAUGAACUGUCUACUGCAGAUAAUGCAGUCAUUCAGAAUACUUUGACCAAAUUAAAACGAAACAUUAAAUAUGCAGAUGAAUUUGUAAUCCCAGAGGAACCGGUGACAGAAGCGAUAGUCCAAUUUGAUUUGUUUAUCGGUCUAGGAUAUCCCGUAGGUCGAUUUGCAAUGGAAAUAUUCCAAGACACCGGUCAAAUCACCUACGAGGAAUGUGCAAUAGUCAAGCAGAUAAAUCUGACCAGUAAAAAUGUGCCCGACCAAAUAAAAAAACAUCGAACAUUUGAACAAACCAAUGGGACUGGAUUUGUACGCCUACAGAUUCGGUGUUUUGCGACAAUUUACAGUGUGGCUAUUAGCAUGUACGCAUGGAACGUGCGUCCGAACGGUCCUAGCCUAGAUCAGGCCAAAUUUGAGUUCAAUCUACGUUUUCGACCGAUCGUUAUGAGUUGGAUUAAAACACCGGAACCAAACGUUCCGUAUCCGAUCGAAAUGCCCAACUAUGGCUUGGUCGAUUACAGUUGUUUCGGAUUCACAGUCGAAUCGAAAGUACUGUUUGAGAUUGAUGAACCAUUGCAAAUUUUUGGACUGUUAAAAAAUGAGAUUGGCCCAAUCGAGUGCUACUUCCGUCCGAAAAGUUCCGACCAAGUGAAACGACUGGAUUUGGAUUUUCGUGUGAAAAAAUAUACGAGUCAAAUAGAACUGACUCAUCCAGCACUGAAGUUUGAGCAUAAUGGAUUGUACUCGUGUAAUGCUUCAAAUACAUCUUGUCCGACCUGUGCACCGAUUGUGGUCUUGCCGGAACGUACGAUUUAUGUGAUGCCAAACGAAUCUAUCACUUCUCUGUUGGUGACCGGACAAGAAUUUGGUCAGAACGAAAGCUGGCUUGACGAUCCCGGUUUACUGGAUCAUCGAGGGAAUCCGGUACUGUCGUGUGAAACACCAUACGUAUUUCAUUGCAUUUAUUUCUCCGGUGUGGCAACCAUACCACCACCAUCGGUCAAUUUUCAACUUUCAUCAAACAAGUCCGAAGUGAUUCCAUUAGCAUUCAGUGAGCGGGACAAUCGAACAAUUCAUUCAUUUCUCGCCUACACACCCGAGGCAAAUAUCGAUAGUCCGACACUGACAGCCGAAUGCCGGUUUGAUUAUAAUUUCACACGAAAAACCACAUAUCAUUCGAAACAAGUACAACGCUUGGUUACACGUACACGCCUAGUCAGGUCCAGAAUUACCAUUCCAGCCAACAUAUUCACUCAGUACACAACAUCGACUAAUAAACCGAUGGAACAAUUGUAUAGGAAUCUCAGUGGUCCUGUUCUGACAGCCAAACAAUUCCAUGCGCAGUACUGGAUUCGUCGUGAACCGGAAUGCGUGGUCACGAUCAGUCAUCUGAUAUCGCUAGGUCAUCCGACAGGUUUCGUGGAUGUAUGGACAGUUUUUCAGGACGGUCAAUCGGUUUAUCAGGAACCAUGUGUGAAAGUCAAUUCUACCGAAUUACAAUUCGAACGAUUGCCCAAACCCAUCAGACCACAGCCAAAUUUGCAUCAAUUUCUAAAAUCCAGUUUUGUCAAUCUCACCGCGAUUUGUGUAGUUCGACCGGAACAGGUUGCAUUGACUGUGGUCGUAUGUAAUAACAGACAGACACUGAUGACCAGGAAAAUCGAUGCGAACUAUCAGUCUGGUCUGGUAAAAAACAUACACAGUUGGAUAAAACAACCGAAACAAGAAGACAUUUUAUGGGCAAACUCAACAUUCGAUCGUUAUUGCACCCAUAGAACUAUUCGUUUGUUUAUCGGUUGGAAUGCAACUGUGUGGACAAACACACCGAUCCGGAUGCUUGGCUAUCGGGAGAAAAAUGAACGUGGACGAUUGCGAUGCUAUUAUCAGCCGGAAAUUUCGGAAACAUUUCUACCUUUACCAUCCCCAUUUGAGAUUAUCGAACGCAGUGAUAUCGGAUUUGAACUGUAUAAACCGAGGGCGAAAUUGGAUGAUCAUGGCUAUUAUACCUGUAAUAUGACUCGUUUUUGUGCAAACUGUUCAGCCCGAACCGUGCUGGUUCUCCGACACCUAGUCGUGCUCCCAUCCGAACAACAAAUUCGUCUCUAUCUACGCCCAACAAGCGAUCGAGAUGACAAAUGGACAAAACCUGAAUUCAAUCAAUGCGAUACAGAUCGUGUCCCAUAUCUACUUGCAAAACAGCAGACAUUUGUAUUCUGUAAUUAUGCUUUUCUCAAAAAUGUGAUUUCUGUAGAGGCUAAAAUUUGGGUGAAAAUGACCGGGGGGCAAACCAGCACAUCACAAUCGGUGGACAUGUCCCAUGCGAAACGAUGGGACUUGGGAAAUGAUCGGCAAAGCAAUAUCACCGAAGUGUACCGUCUGCGCGCACCGGAACCACGAUAUGUGANAAUUUGA